GGCGGCGCUACUGUACUCGUAUGAAGGGCACCAUGUAUAUUUACUCAAAUGCACAAGCUAAACACAAAUCGCAUGUGUGUGAGGCCGACCUGAACGACUUUCCUUGAUUUUUCAUCUUGUUCGUCGCCCCCGGAGCAGCUUGUGGUUGCGCGCAGAGAGGAUGCUUUUGUCUCUUCAGCUCACACCUGGACCAGGGAAACAGUGAGAGCUUUAUGUUGUUCUUUUUAGGCGUUCUUGUUGUUGUUUUCUCACGUCAGAGGCAAAGUGAAGGGCGAAGUUGUUGCUUUUUGGGGAACGUCACUGGAAAAUGCGCUUAUCGCUCGAUAACCGGACUUGACGUGGGUUUAGACUGUGACCUGGAGCACCACCUGUGACAUCGGCAGGCACCAGUACAAGAGACAAUUUGGCUGUCAGUGGACCCCUGCACUUAUUUUUAUUUAUUAUAUAUUUUUUUUGCUAAGAUUUUUUAACUAAUUUUUGAUAAACGGUCAUUGCCGUGCGGUUCUGACAGCGCAACAACAAUCAAAUUUCCUCAUCAGUUAAGUGCAGUACGUUUCGGCAAACCUGAUUUUUACGCACAAAGCUGAAGGCGAGACAAGCGCAGACAUCAGGUGCUGCGAAGUGAACAAGAAGAUUAAAUCACAAAGCCCUCCCCAAAGAAAGCUAAAGUCCAGCCAUCAACAUGACGGACGGUCCAAGGCAGAGGAGCAGCACGUCGGGCUCCGGCAAGGAUGCUGCCGCCGAGGAGUCAGGAGGCGGAGUUGCGCUCAAGAAAGAAAUCGGACUUGUGAGCGCCUGCGGUAUUAUUGUUGGUAACAUUAUAGGCUCAGGUAUCUUCGUCAGUCCAAAGGGAGUGAUGGAAAAUGCCAACUCGGUGGGUGUGGCCCUGAUUGUCUGGAUUAUCACGGGCAUCAUCACGGCCAUUGGAGCGCUGUGCUACGCUGAGCUGGGCGUCACCAUCCCCAAGUCAGGGGGGGACUACUCCUACGUUAAAGACAUCUUCGGAGGACUGGCUGGGUUCCUGCGUCUGUGGAUCGCCGUGCUGGUGAUCUACCCGACCAACCAGGCCGUGAUCGCGCUGACCUUUUCCAACUACGUCCUGCAGCCGCUGUUCCCCACCUGCUUCCCACCAGAGACCGGCCUGCGUGUGCUGGCUGCUCUCUGCCUCUUGUUGCUGACAUGGGUGAACUGCUCCAGUGUGAGGUGGGCCACCAGGGUGCAGGACAUAUUCACCGCCGGCAAGCUGCUGGCCCUCGUCCUCAUCAUCAUCAUGGGCAUCGUGCAGAUCUGCAAAGGAGAGUACUACUGGUUGGAGCCAGUCAAUGCCUUCCAAUCUUUCCAGGAUUAUGAUGUGGGUUUGAUAGCCUUAGCUUUCUUACAAGGCUCCUUCGCCUACGGAGGGUGGAACUUCCUCAACUACGUCACAGAGGAGCUGGUCGACCCCUAUGUAAACCUUCCUCGUGCCAUCUUCAUCUCCAUCCCCCUGGUGACCUUCGUUUACGUCUUUGCCAACAUCGCCUACGUCACGGCCAUGAGUCCCCAGGAGCUGCUCGCCUCAAACGCCGUUGCCGUGACGUUUGGUGAGAAGCUGCUGGGAGUCAUGUCGUGGAUCAUGCCCAUCUCUGUGGCUCUCUCCACCUUCGGAGGAGUCAACGGUUCCCUCUUCACCUCUUCAAGAUUGUUCUUUGCCGGAGCCAGAGAGGGCCACCUCCCCAGCCUGUUGGCCAUGAUUCACGUGAAACGCUGCACUCCCAUCCCUGCUCUGCUCUUCACUUGCGUGUCCACCCUGCUCAUGCUGUGCACCAGCGACAUGUACACUCUCAUCAACUAUGUGGGCUUCAUCAACUACCUCUUCUAUGGAGUCACUGUGGCCGGACAGAUUGUCCUGCGUUUUAAACAGCCCAACAUUCACCGACCAAUCAAGAUCAGCCUGAUAUGGCCGGUCAUUUACCUCAUAUUCUGGGCCUUCUUGCUCAUCUUCUCCCUUUACUCUGAGCCCGUGGUGUGUGGCAUCGGCUUGGCCAUCAUGCUGACUGGCGUCCCCGUCUAUUUCCUGGGAGUCUACUGGGACAACAAGCCACAGUGUUUCGACGCCUUCGUCAAUAAGAUGACUUACUUGGGCCAGAAGUUUUGUGUGGUGGUUUAUCCCAUUGAAGGUAAACGCAGCGGAAGCGGAGAGGAAGGAGAAGAGAUGAAGGAGGCCAGAUCUCCUCUGUCCAAUGAGGACGGAGACAACCACAAGUCUGACUGCUGAAGCAUCCCCUCCACCACAGAAUAAACAGACACAUGCAGACGCACACAUGGGUGCACAAGCACGCAUACACAAACACAGUUUGUAGUGGAUUCGCUGAUCAACACUCGUGCCCUCACACUUUAUUUUUAAUAAUUUUCCUAGGUUUUAGCAAUGUUUCAGUCCGUAAUCUCUGUGCCAAAUAUAGUAUGCAAUUUGUAGAGUAAUGUGACCUCAAACUCUUCUGUCUGGGGUCCUUCAAAAGUGCAAUAAAGACCAGCUUUUAACUCCUCGAUACAUGCUUAAUCAUACACAUCUAUCUGAUUACUAAUCUUCAUUAUCAUCCUGCUUUUCCUCUCCCACCCCCCCUUUGCUCCUCCACACACACCCUGGACAGUUUUACUGUAAGAGCAUCAUUUUUAAUUUUAUGUUUUUUUAAUUUUUAUCAAAAGACUCUUACUGUACUGUGACCCGCAAACACCUUUUUUGUUGUUGUUGUUUUUUUUCCACAUUGUAUAUUUUUGCUUUGCCAUCCACUCGACACACCAAAGCUGUAUUUUGAUUGUCGAAGCAGAAAUUCAAACUCAGAUCAAGACGUUUCAUGUCGUGACGUACGCUAAGUACUGUGUUGUGUUUUUAAAGAUGACUGCGAUUCCAAAAUGUUCCUCUUUUUUUGUAAUUGUGAUAAUUGUUUAUAUCAUUUGCCUUUUGUUGACAUUUCCGUUUUAAUAUGUUAAUUUUAGUUUUCUUGAUAUUCUUUUUUCUAUUCAACAUCAUAUUCAUCUGGCCUUUAUUUUAUUUUUGCUUUUUUACUCAUGCAGUCGUGUAGGUGUACACCUGCAAGCUGAUGUGUGAUGUAUGCUUUGUAUUGGUGAAUGGCGCACAGUUCUUUGUUAAAUGCCUUAAUUAGAAUUAUUUGGGUGCCAUUGCAGCUCUGUUUUGAUUGAUGUGGAGAGAUGGCUAAUCCACAUACUUUGGGGUAGUGUCAGUUGUGAGUGUCAGUUUUUGUAAUCUGGUGAGUUUUGGGUUCUUGUAUGGACACUACAUAAAGAAUUAACCUGUUAGUUGUAGUAUGGAAAUAGAUGACUAGAAGGAAUAAAUAGGCAGUACAUGAUAGUUUUCACCACAUUUGCAUUGCUGAUGUGCAAAUCCCAACACCGACACAUGUGAAUGCCUGUGUGAAAAACAGCUGUUUUACAGAAGUAUUUUUGUAAUUUACCGUGUAGUUCUUUAAUUGUUUUUGUCCUUUAUUUAGGGGGUAGAAAUGAGAGCUUUACCAAAAAGUAUUUUUGAUUCAUAUAUUUCACUAGAUUUUAGUGCAAUAUUAGUGCAGGCACCAACAAAAACCUGAACAUGCACCCCUGAAUGAACCCGUGCUGUGCUGUCUGUUAAUAGUUACGUAGCCAUACUUAUGCUGUAUAUUAUAGUAACAACACUCUUGCGCACAUAAACACACUGUGUACUCCUGUGUCUUUGGCCUUUCUGUAAUCUGUUAGUGUCUCAGGGCAUCCCCACUGCCUUCUCCUUACAUGCACUGCCAAAAACCUCCACAGCUUGAAAACCCAACUACAGAUCUGACCGAUUGCCUCUUUGUUAAAUGCCUGUUCUGGUGCUUUUAGAGAUUUAUAUCCUCAGGAGUUUCAAUCUUACGAGCAGUCCCCAAAAAACAGGCAUUGGCAAACAUUCAUGAGUAAUUGUAACUCUGAAGAAAGUAUCUCUAAAGUUUGGCCAGUACUGUAUCAGUUUCUCUUGUUAAACUGUGAGGGGAACAGGGUGUCUUGGAUGUCUUUACAGUACAGUGAUUGUGAUUUUGUGCCUGUACAGUAGUUGUGUAUUUACAGUAUACACAGGUGUCAUGACAGUCUGUACAUUGUUUCAGUAAAUAAAACCACUGACUAAUGUUUGAAUUUGUAAUUCAGGGCCUCAUUUAUAUAAAAAAAACCCUAUCGUUGUCUUU